AUGGGUCCAGAUGUGGGGCAGUGGGGUUGUGGGUGCAGUUAUGGGGCAGGCUAUGGGGCAGUGGGGCUAUGGGGCAGGUUAUGGGGCUAUGGGGUCAUUGUGGUGUUGGCGCUAUGGGGUGCGGCUGACCCCCAUCUUCGCCCCCCCCCGCCCCCCCCCAAGAACCAGUUCGCGGCUCUGGGCUCUGAAGAGGAAGAGGAAGGGGAUGAGGCCGAAGAGCCCGGAAGUCCCGCCCCCAAAAAGGGCACCACCCCUGGAAGUCCCGCCCCCAAAAAGGGCGCUGCCCCAGGAAGUCCCGCCCCCCAAAAGGGCACCACCCCCGGAAGUCCCGCCCCGGAAGCGGGCCCCGCCCCCAGCACGGGGCCCGGGGAUGAGGAGGAGGAGGAAGAGGAGGAAGGCGGGAAGAAGGCCGAGGCGCGGGUCAGCAAAAAGGAGCGGAAGAAGAUGAAGAAGCAGCUGGACUACCAGCGCCAGGUGGCCACGAUGGCGGCGGCGGCGGCGAGCGAGAGCGACUUCGCGGUGUCCCAGGCCGAGCUGUCGGCGCGCCAGGCCAUGCUGGAGAACGCCGCCGACAUCAAGGUGCCCCACNCUCUCCGCCGCCUCCGCCAUCGCCGCCGCCCCUCCCCCCCCCCCGGGGCCGCCCCUUCCGAGGCCCCGCGCGGGGCCCCCGCUCCGCUCUUCCGCCCCGGGGUUCCGCCCGGUACUUCCGGUGCGGCGCUACCGCUCCGAGCGCUUCCGGCGCGACACUUCCGGUCGGGGCGCCGUGGAGAAGUACGCGUCGAGACGACACUUCCGGUUUCUCGCUUCCGGCGAGAGCCCGUGGAGACGGCACUUCCGGUUCCUCGCUACUAG